AUGAAAUUCUUCACAAGAAGUGUAUUUGAUUUACGCAUUGAACAAUUAACUUUAAAUUUAACAAAUCAUUCAAACAAAUCAAUAUUUACAGAGAAAUGCUUCACAUCUAGCAUUGCUAAUCAAUGUCAUUUUAUUUUAGGCAUAUGUAUCACUGAAACAAAAUUUUUAAAUAAUCUAAAUCAACGUAACCAAUUAUCGAUGAUGACAAUGAUGACGACGGCGAUGAUGAUGAAAAGACCAAUUCUAAUCAAUCGUCAAGAUAAUUUAAUUUAUACUUACAAUAAUAAUCGAACAUCAUCAUUCUCAUGGGAAAUGUAUCAUGAUUUAUUACCAGUCGAUUGUGAAAUUGGACAUGAACAAAUUUUAACCGGUUUACUUAAUAUAAAUACAUCGAUUAAUUAUGUAAAUUUAACUUAUCAUAUAAAAUUAAGCACAAUGAUAAAGCAUAAUAUAAAAUUGUUAUUCAACGUGUAUCAUCUUACAUCGAAUGGAGAUUUAUGGUUAAUUGAUCAAUUAUCUGCAAUAUUAUCUAGAGUUGAAUUAAAUCAACCAUGGAGAUCAAUUAAAUUACUUGAACCAGAAUAUAAUUCAAGUAUAGAAAGUCUGCAAGAAUAUACAAAUGAAAACACUAAGAGCUCAAUGUCUACAUCAUUACCAUUAUCUCAAUCAUAUUUUAAUAUUUCAGCCAGUUAUCGUUAUUCAUGUACUUUAAACUAUUAUGGUGAACAUUGUAAUCAUUAUUGUAAACCACGUGAUUCAAAAUUAGGUCAUUAUCAAUGUCAUCCACAAACUGGUGAAUUAAUAUGUAAUACUGGAUGGACAGGAGCAAGAUGUAAUCAAGCACUGUGUAGAAAAGGUUGUAAACAUGGAACUUGUGUUGGACCGGAAUUAUGUCUUUGCACUGAUGGAUGGACUGGUUCGAAUUGUGAUCAGUGUAUUACAACACCCGGUUGUAUGAAUGGACAUUGUCAAUUUAAUUCAAAGCAUACUAGUUACAUACCAUUUACAUGUGAAUGUGAAGCUGGUUGGACUGGAAUGUUGUGCAAUAUAAAUAUGCGUAUAUGUGAUAGUAAUGAGUAUGCAAAUAUUUGUCAGAACCAUGGUAUUUGUAUCAAUCAACCUGAUCCAUAUGGAAUGAAAGUAUUAUAUCGAUGUGAAUGUUUGCCAGGAUUUUAUGGAACACAUUGUGAGAAACAAAUCAAUAAUUGUAAAUUUCAUGGAUGUAACAAAAGAGGAGAAUGUACGAAAGAAGGCAAUUGUAUAUGUGAUUCCAAUUACUAUGGUUUAUUUUGUCAAUUCAAUCAAACAACAUGUAGUCAGAAUCCAUGUUCCGGAAAUUUAUCCAAAUGUUAUGUAACAUCAAACAAAACAACAAUACUAACUAUUAAUGAACAAUCAAAUCAAAUUGUAAAACAAUUCAAAUGUCAAUGUGAACAAGGGAAAUUCGGUGAAAAUUGUGAAUACGACUUAGAUGAGUGUUUAUCGCAACCAUGUCAAAAUGGUGGUCAGUGUGUUGAUUUAAUAAAUGGUUAUCAAUGUAUUUGUCCACCACGUUUCAUUGGUUCACAAUGUCAAUACACAUUAAAAGCAUGUCAAAAUAAUUCAUGCUCUAAUGGUGGAGAAUGUUUAGAUGAAUCAAUCAGUUUUCAAUGUCAUUGUUUAAAAGGAUGGAAAGGUAGAACAUGUCGAGAGAAUGUAAAUGAAUGUUCGGAAAUACCAAAACAAACUGGUCGUCCAUUAUGUCAAAAUAAUGCUGGUUGUCGUGAUCUCUUAGGAUCAUACAAAUGUUUAUGUUCAUCUGGAUGGGAUGGAAAACAUUGUGAAUUGCGAAAAUCAAAUCAAACACAACAUAAUUAUCAUUAUCAUUAUCAAAAUCAUCAUUCCACUACUGAUGAUUGUCAACAUGAUAAACAUGUAAACAAUUCAAUGCGUGAAAAUCGGUUGAAUCAUCGACACAAUGAAUUUUUAAUAUUAUUUAUUAUCUUAACAAUGGCUUUCCUUCUAAUGAUCUGUUCAUUAAUUGGAGGAAUUCUAUUUUUCUGUACAAGUUAUAAACAUCAAAAUUUGAAAAAAUCCAAUACUAUGCCGCCUACUUGUCAAAUGAUCAAUACUACAAAUUUGCUAAAAUCUAUUGAACAUUCAACCACUACUAUGGAAUCAAUAAAGCCUAAUCAACAUAAAACAUCUUGUCAACAAUUUGUUUGUCCAAUACAACAUGAAAAACAAAUUUCUACUAAAAUUAAACCAAUACAAGAUUGGCCUUGUCUUCUUUAUGUAAAUAAAACAUUUUCAGAUAAAAUUUAUAUGAACAAUGAAAAGAAUUCACAUAAAACUUAUCAGAAUCAAACAAAUUUAUCUUUGAUUGAUAAACCUCAGCGUUAUGUAAAAGAAAACGUACAUUUCAAUGAAAACAACAAAGUGAAUUCAGUUUUAAAGUCUAAUAAUACCGCUAAACAUUGUUUGGAGAAACAAUUAAGUUUAACAUUAAAAGAAUGCCCAGAUAAGCAUACAUUUGAUUACAGCUAUAAUAACAAUAAUCAAUAUUGCCGCCAAAAUUCUCGCGCUCAUGAACUUAAUGAUUUAAACAAUUCGUUACCAUUGUCAUUAACAUUUAACAAUAGAUCAGAUACACCACCUCCAGCAUAUGAAAUCUCAAUUGGUUUAAAUACAGUAGUAGUAAAAAAAUGA